AUGGCUCGUCCCCCCAUGGCCCACUCCAACGGAAAUGCUCUGUCCAUGUGGGCGGCAAAAGGACCAGGACUUUGUGUACAGGAGUACUUUGCCAAUGCCAAGAUGAUGCCCAUGAACUUUGUGCUUCCCUCCUCAAGACAAUGCGGCCCCAAUUCAUCGCCACCCACACUAUCAGAUGACUUCUCUCCUUACUCCAUGGACAUCGACUCCAUGAUUCCUCCUCCUGGCGAGGAAGGAUUUUCUGUCAGUCAUGUGGGAGAUGAGGUGGUGAUCUACCAGGAACUAGAAGAACCCACCACAACAACAGUGAAAUCUUGCCUUUUCAACUUGAUUCUUCUGCCUGCUAUGGCACCUUUCUCCGCUGAAGACCUUUUCAACACCCCGCCAUCAUCGCCUGCGCCCUCUGCUGCUGAGCUUCCUCCUCAGGAGCCCAUUGAAACUGAGGCCGAUGUGCUUGACUGUGACUGGACCGCUCUUCGCGAUCAUCUCGACACCUUGACUCGCAUGAUCCCCAAAGAUAAGGAGGAACUACUGGAGGAUAAGGAGCAUUGGAUGAGGGAUUGA